UACUUUUACGGUGAGAAGAUUUCGCCUGAAAAUCCUCGAGCGAAUGGAGUCGGAAUUUGAUUUGGCAUUUCUCGAUUCUCUACAGCAGCAGCUCCUCGACGAUUCCGUUGAUUUUCCGGAGAUCUUCGCGGCGAUUGAUCGGUGCGGUAAUAGCAGCGCCGUUAUUGGCGACGACAGUGCCGGAGGCUCGCCGGAGUUAUGGGAGGUUCAGAAGGAGAGCGGCACGGCGCGGGAGGAGUGCUCUCCGCCGCUGCCGCCGCGAGACUGGAGGCGGUACAAGGGCGUGAGGCGGAGGCCGUGGGGGAAGUUCGCGGCGGAGAUUAGGGAUCCGAACAAAAGAGGCGCGAGGCUGUGGCUGGGAACGUACGAGAGGCCGGAGGACGCGGCGCUGGCGUACGAUCGGGAGGCGUUUAAGCUGCGCGGCGCGCGGGCGCUGCUCAACUUCCCGCACCUGAUUGGCUCAAACGUGCCGGAGCCGGUUAGGGUUAAACCAAGGCGGCGGUCACUUCCAAAGGCGGCGCUGUCGUCUCCGGCGUCCGAGAGUGGGAUUGGUACUCCUAAAAAAAGAAAAAUUAGCAUCAUAAACUCUCUAGCCGCAAAAAUCAAUUUGGAUCGUAUGAGUAUGUUGGAUAUGCUUACCAGUUGAGAGUCCUUGCUACUAGAAAAUCAUGUCCUUUGAGUCAGUCACAGUUGUCUAUUGAUCUUUUAAAAGUAGCGGUUGAAUUUAUGUAAUUUAUUUUCAACUUUUUCGACCCUCUUUUGUUCAAAUUUCACAACCAUUUCAGGAUUCUGUGAGUUGUCAUUUUUCGUUCCUCCAUUAUGACACUUUUAAGAUUGUACGGAGGUUUAAAAAGUUCCUUCGCAAAUAAUUAAGUCACGAAAAAAUAUGUAUUACUUCACAUA